CUAUUUUGGUCCUGCAAAGCUGGCCUCUUCCAGGCAGCCGCUGCCCCUGUUCCCAGUCUUGAAGGGCAUCGGGCAACACACCAUGCCUCUCCAGCAGAGGCUUCAUGGGCACUUCCCAGCAUGGCCCCAUCAUCCCAGGCAUAAGCUGUCUGCAAGAUGGAAAAUUUUGAAUACAGCAUCCAGCUGAACGACCGGGAUUGGGCUGAAUUUUACUUCGUCUCCGAAGAGUGCCGCUUGAUCCCCCCGGCUUUGGCGGCUGCCGAAGAACAGCUCCUGAGUGAUCUCGAGGAAGGGGAGGCCGAAGGAAAGGAGGGCCCCCGAGCCCACCCAAAAGCCAGCCCUCUCUCCGUUGGUGAGGUUCCAAGUGGGCACCUUCUUGCGGAAGAUGCUUUCUCGGGCAGUGAAGAUGAAUCCGAUGUAGGUUCCGUCAGCAAGUUUCUCUGCAGAGGAAGUCAACCAGCCUUUCGGCCUUCCCAACCCUUCCUAAGCCCCUUCCCCAGCCUUCCUUUCAACCCCCAGCUGCCAGGACCCACCGCCAGCUCUGUCCCUCUUUCUGUUGCUGAAGAAGGUGGCGUAGGAGUAGCAGGCAGGCCCAUGGAUCCCAAAACUAAGGCGGAAACCCACAUCAUCACCCAAAUGAAGGAUUCACAGGAACCACCUCCGAGGCCAGAGAUGGGAGAAAAAUCUUCGGUGCCGCUGCCCCUCGGUUCGAGUCCUGCAGCAGAGACAACAGGGAGUCCAGAGGGAGCAAAUGGCUUGAAAUUAAACUAUCCCGAAGAAGACCAUGUUUCCCCGACUGCUUCUGCGGCCUGCAGAUUCCCAGGAUCGACAAGCAACACGGCCGUUUCUAGAAAACUCGAAUUUCCCAAGCUGGGAGACGCAGCUCUAGAACCUGGUUCCCUCGGGGUUUCUUCUGUUCUUUCUCCAACCUCUGGAGAAGCUGAGAAUCCAGAGAAGGGAGCUGAGGGCCUCCAGGUUGCCUCGAGGACUUCGUUCCAGGAAACGCAUUCCCUUUCUUCUCAAGAACAUUCCGUCCAGGUGACACCGCUGUUGGUCAACCACAGGGCAAGGACUUCUAGGAAGGAAGAAGAGGGUAUCCUGAAAACAAAGAGUGGAGCAGAGCACAGCAGGAGCUUCAGCCCUAAUACUUCUCAAGAGGGAGACCGAGCCAAGGACAACGGGGUGGAAGGAUGCCCAGAAGUUCUAGAAGAAGAUGGAUCUCCAGAACCAUCCCUGGAGGUUGUCCACACUUCAUCAGGGAAGACGGAAAGGCAGAACAAUGGAGAACCUCGUCUCCAUCUUGGUCCUGCCAUCCCACGUGAAGGAGAGGCCCUAACUAGGACUCGAGAAAACCCGAGACUUGUUCCGUACCCUCUGAACUCAAAUGACUGUUCAGAAGAAACUUUAACCCACAUGACGUGGCCCGAGGUGUACGACUAUUUCUUCUCUGAUGAUGAUCUCCAUGAAAUAGAGAGGCCAUCAUCGCAGGAGGGACGGCCAUGGAAGACCAGCCAUGACCAUCCAUCAGAGCUACCGGCAAUGUCAGGUCCUGAAAUGUAUGAAUAUUUCUUCCAGGAUGUAGGUGAGUCUAGGGUUGAAGAGGAGACCUGGAGCCAAGUCGGUCCUUUGGAGACAUCCCUCAGCUCUGCCCAUGGUUUGGUUCCAUCCAGUGACUUGGAAGAGCCACCAUCCAACAUGAGCACCACCGAUCCCAUGGGGUUCCCAGAAGUGUGCGAGCACUUCUUUGCACACCAACCACAAGACAAGAGCAGCCGUAGGCUCAACAUCUUGGCCGUGCCAACUUCAGAGUUAGGGAAGGCCGUGAGAGCUUUAACGUCCUUUGUAUGUAGGCCAGUCCGCUUUCUCAGAUCGCGGCCAAGGCGGAGAAGAUCUCAAGCAAGAGUGAUGCUCGUGUCUCCCACACUUCUGGAUGGAACAUCCCCAAGACCAGAAAACCUUGGGGUAGCUGUCUUUAAACCAGAGAGGCCUCUUCAGCUGGUCCUCACGCCCAGAGAUCUGUGUCUGGGAUUUGUGGCGUUGGCUUCUUGGGCUGUGAAAACCUCCGACCUUCACUCUCCCGAUGCUUGGAAGAUUGUGCUGCUGGCUAAUUUUGGGACCCUCUCGGCCAUCCGUUGCUUCAGGAGGCAGGUCGUCAUGGAAAGUCAUCACGGUUCUUAAGCAGACGCAAAGUCAAGUCUUGUGGAAUUCCUGAAGGAAGCGAUUUGACGAGCAUUUCCCCCAAAGCAAGAAAGCAACAUUUGGGACCUCUUGGAUUUUCAAACUUUACUGGCAGGGAAAGAGGUGAGAAAGAAAGAAGACUAAACCUUCCCUACAAAAAUCGGUUUUAGUUACCAUUCCUGUUGGGAUCUACCUAAUCCGAGCCUCAAAUCCUUCCUUCCUUCCUUCCUUCCUUCCGUCCUUCCUUCCUUCCUUCCUUCCUUCCUCCCUU